GUCCGCGUCCCAGGGCUGUUCCGCGCAUGUUUUUUACGACUCUGCACCGCGCAUGCGCAUGUUUUCACGACAUUACCGCACAUUUGUGGCAUGUCAAUAUAAGUGUAUAAACUAAACCAUGACUGUUAUUGUUGUUGUAGCGAUAUUAUCAAAGUACAACAAAAGUAAAAUACAUUGCUUAUGUAAAUUGGACACCUCAGUUGGUAUUGGCUUGAUAUUUGUUAUUACAGAAGAAGAUACUGAAAUACAAUUUUUGAAAUAAUAUUUCCAUAUUAAGGCAAAAAAUUCCACCAGGUCCACUAGACCUCAUUAAGAAUAAUCUGGGUUUUAGUAAAGCGAGUUAGCCGACAUAUGAUUAGAUUGUUUAAAUAAUGUGAAUAGUUUUGACUAGUUCUUUUAUACCAAAAAAAACUGCACUGAGGGGAUCCGUGAUUUAUGUAUUUUUAAACUUUAGUUUGGUAACCUCUGGGCUAAACAACUCGUACACACAAGAUGGCGACAAAGAAGCCACGCAGGCGCAUCGCCCCGCCCUUUCUGUUCCUAUUGGCUAUAAGUAAAAUCUAAAGUCUCGUGCUGAUUGGUCGCCGGUUUAAACUGAUUUUUGUCUGUGGCAGUUGACGUUAAAGACAAACAACCAAUCAGUAUGUGGCUUGGAGCUGCUUCUGGUUCAAAAUUUCUGUUUUAAUAUCGUAGAAAAUCGUGUUUUUACGAAAUCAGUUUUUCAGCGAUUUUUUUUCUUAAAUAAGCGACUUCAUGCUUAAAAUUCGAAACUUUUCUUUUUCUAACAAUCCUGACGAUCAGAUCAGAUCAGAUGAGAUGAGAUUGAGAUGAGGUGUGUUUCAGUGUUUAUUCCCAGAGGAACAGCGCUAGUAACGGCUGAAGGGUAAACACACGAGUGUGUGAGGUUUCAGACUGAAGGACCUGAAAGCUGCACAUUUUGUGAAGAUCAGUGUAGGAUCAGACAUCAUGCCUUUCCCACGGCGGGAGAACACACACUGCUGUGGGUCUAAAGUUCAGGGUAAAGCGAUUGGACCGGAUAACCAGGAAGAUGUUCAUUAUAUCAAAAGAAGUCCAUCCUCCCCUCAAGGUGCUCCCAAGAAAAGAUCUGCCUUUGUUGACCUUACAAAUACCAAAACAGUCCAGAAUGAAGCCUGUGUCAAGAACAGCAAAGCGCCCAAGAAGACACAGUCAAGCAACGUGGUCAAAAAAGCUAACAACCACCUGAAAGUGUCUAAACAGGUGUUCUUUGAGGAAGAGUGUAAAAAAGCUGAAGAUCAUACGAAUCGGGUGGAGGAGUCAACAUCGCCAGACCCGGGUGUGUCUCCUGCUAAAGAGCAGCCUGCAGUCCAAGACCAAAAGAUCCCAGAAGAGUUUGAUGUUGAUCAGGAGCAAGCUGGCGACUACUUGAUGAGUCCGGAGUACGCUAAAGAUAUUUUUGACUACCUCAGAGACAGAGAGGAGAAAUUUGUCUUGACUGAUUACAUGCACGCUCAACUGGACCUGAAUGCAAGUAUGAGAGGUAUUCUAAUCGACUGGAUGGUGGAAGUCCAGGAAAACUUUGAGCUGAAUCACGAAACGCUGUACCUGGCAGUGAAGCUGACGGAUCACUACCUGUCUGUCACAGAGGUGAUGAGAGAAUCGCUGCAGCUCAUCGGAUCCACGGCGAUGCUCAUCGCUGCCAAGUUUGAAGAGCGCUGUCCCCCUGGGAUUGAUGACUUCCUGUACAUUUGUGAUGAUGCCUACGAGAGACAGGAAUUCCUUGUUAUGGAAAGGAAAAUUCUCCAAGGACUUAACUUUGACAUUAACAUCCCUGUGCCUUAUAGGUUCCUCAGGCGUUAUGCAAAGGUGGCCCAUGCUAGCAUGGAGACGCUAACUUUGGCGCGCUAUGUGUGUGAACUGAGCCUGCUGGAACUGGAGCUGGUGCCGGAGCGAGCGUCGUGCUUAGCGUCCGCCUGCCUCCUCCUCGCCCUCAUCACCAGCCGCCUGGGAGGAUGGACGGCGGCGCUGCAGCACCACAGCGGCUACACACUGCGUGAGCUCGGCCCACUGGUCAGGAGGCUGUAUGCCAUGUUGGCCAGUCCUGCAGACGAGAACCUCAGAGCCGUGGAGAACAAGUACUCUCACAAAGUCUUCUUCGAAGUAGCGAGAAUUCCACUGGUGCAUAUCGAGACGUUAGAGGCGGCUCUUUCUGACCCUGACUUUACUCUGGAUUAAAGAGGAUUGGAAACCAUUUUACUACACUUUAAAAUAUUAUUUAUUAUUUGUAUAUAUUUAAUUGUUGUCAUUUUGUACUAGCAUUAAAAUGUAUAUAUUUUGUAACAGAGUUUGUAGUUAGUUGUUGUAGUGUGAUUAGAGUAGCUUCAGUAAAUAAAGAGCUGAAUAUCUCACUUUGCUGCGGCGGAUAUCGGCUCUACUUCACACCUCCAGCUUCUUUCCCUUGUGGAUUCUCUUAAUCUCUAAUGAACCCGGUUUCAUCCGGGUUCUCCAGUUUCUUCCCACCUCCCAAAAACAUGCCUGUAUGUGGACUUUAUCCUGGACGGAGCAGAAUAAAGUUACUGAAGAUUGUAGCUGGUUGUUUUAAUUCAGCAGAAACCUCGAAGUCUAAUCUUAAGUAAAUGAUAUAAUAAUUAUUUCACUACGUGCUGCUUAUCAGCGUCACGGAACAUCCAGCCAUCAUCCAUCAGAGGGUAUCACACAGAGAACUCAGGAGAACCACACGUGGAGAACGUGUGAAACUGUACACAGAUAGGAGCCUGAGCUCAGUUAUGAAGUCUGCUGCUGGAGCUGUGAGGAGAUGACGCUCCCUGCUGUACCACCAUCUUUAUUAUUAAUUUAUUUUAGCUUUAUUGUAAGUGCUCUAUACCUUCUGUCAUUAUAUGGCACUAACCUAACACUAUUUAACAGCUUUGUUUUGAAAAAUAAAGACUGUACCACAUGA